AUGUGGUAACGUUGCAUUGAGUCAGGUGACUGCCGUCAGCUGAUUGCCUCCAGACAGAAUAUGGCCGACCUGUCAGAAGCUCAUUGAGGAACGGCUGAGUUUAACAUAAUCGAGUCUCUUUUUACGACUUUUGGGGCUCAUAUUUCACUAACGUGGACAACAGUUUUUACAACAGUUACUAAGAUGAGCGGGUUGCGGGUUGGCAUGGCAAAUGUCCCCAGCAAGAGCAAUCACACAGGGAAGGAUGGCCAGGUGUGGGAGAGACUCUGGACCUUGGAAGAGAUGCGACAGACCAGCGCCAAAUGGUCCCUGGCUGCAGACUCAGGAUAUCCCCUCCUCCACAGCUCUUCCUGUUCCUGCAAGACUUCUCCCAGAGGAUGCUGUCAAAGACUCAUGAGAUAGAGAAGCGGCUGGAUGGACUGAUCAGAGACACCAAGGCCACAGACUGUUGCAUGCACACCGUCUUCAACGACUUCCUCAUGCUCUCCAACACACAAUUCAUUGAAAACAGAGUGUAUGAUGAGGAGGUGGAGGAGGCGGUGCCAAAGCCUGAGGCCUUGGAGAGACUGCCUGAGCAGAAGACUCGUGAGCAGAAGGAAGCCCAGCUGAUUCCUAAGGUCCAGGAAGCAGUGAACUACGGUCUGAUGGUGCUGGACUCUGCAUUUGAGCAGCUAGACAUCAAGGCAGGAAACUCUGACUCGGAGGACGAGGAGGCCACAGACAGAGUGGAGCCCAUACUGGAGCCCAAGGACCUGUAUGUGGACAGGCCUUUACCAUAUCUGAUUGGCUCUCAGCUCUUUAUGGGGCAAGAAGAUGUUGGACUGGGAGACCUCUCCAGUGAAGAGAUGUCAGUCGACAGUGAUCACGACACCGUCAUUGUGAGCGAAGAUGGCAAAGAUGCUAACCAGUCAGACGAUGACUUCGACCAGGAUGAGGAGGGGCCAGGCACCAUUAAGAAGAAGAAGUUGUCUAUGUUGAGUGAUGAUGAGGACGAGGAGGGAGAUUCAGACAUAUUCGGAGAAUCGGACGAAGAUGAUGAUGAUGAUGACAGAAAGUCGUUGUGUCACAUUCAGAACCCAAGACCAUCAUCCUUUGCUGAUGAGCUGGCCGCCAGAAUCAAAGGGGAACCUAUCAGCAAGCCAGAGGGAGAUCGCACAUCUGAUGAAGAUGACAGCGAGGAGUUAUUCGGGCCACCCAAGAUGGAGGACGAGGACUUCUCUCCGUUUGGAGGAAAAGGGGGCCUCUUCAGUCGAGGGAGAGGACUGUUUGAUGAGGGGGAUCUGUUCUCUGAUCCACCUAAACAGCCUGUAGCGGAGGAGAAGACCACAGAACCUGUCAAGCCUGCUAAGAAGAUUCCUUCAGGGGCUGUGCCAAUUUUCCCAGAGAACAGCCUGUUUGGCACACCUAAUGACUCUGACUCAGUGGAGGGUAGAGAGAACGGCAGUCCAGCCAAACCCAUCAAGACUCAGACAUCAGCCCCUAGAAAGACCGCUUUAGGGGGGCUGUUUGACGAUGAGGAGGAUCACUUCUUCACUGGCGAAAGCCUUAAUAAAUCCAGCUCAGCUGGACAGGAGGAACCCAAGCAGAAGAAGACAGUGGAUCUGUUUGGAGGAGGUGAUGAGGAUGGUGACAUCUUCAGUGAAAGCUCUGGUGUUCUGCCCCCUCUACAGAGCAGAAGGGAGGUGGUGGAGGAGGAAGAACAGAUGCCAGCAGAUGUCUCCAUGUUUGGUCCUGGUACCAAGACCCUGCUGACUGAGACACUAAAGAAGCAACGGCCCUCCCCCAGUGAAGAGUCAGAGGAGAUAUGUCCAACCAUCCCUAAGAGUCAGUCCAAGCCAGAACCGACACUUCAGAGCAAAGCUCUUCUGUCCAUAUUUGUUGACGAGGAGGAUGAGGAUCUGUUUGUGUCUGCGAAGAAGUCUAAAUCAAGCCAAACUGAAGAUGCCACACCACAAGUCAAGAAACCGGUUUCUAGUGCCGUCUUCAGUGAUGACGAGGACCAUUGGAUGAGCUCCAAGCAUAGUGCAGGAAAGACUGGAGGGAUGAAGUCCAGUGAUAGCAACCCUUAUCGUCUACCCAGUGUCAAAGCAGAUCCUUUCGACAGCCUGUUCGAUGAGUAUGAUGACGAUCUCUUUGCUGCUACCAAGGAGUUGAGUCCAAAGAAGCCACAGAGAGCGUCUCUCCUGUUUGAAGAUGAGACUGAGGAUGGUGAAGAUAAGGGAUCCCUCUUCGUCUUCAAACCAGCCAUAAACAACAGCUCUACUCUAGCUGACCCUAAAGCUGCUGCUGUGGCCUCCCCAGCCCCCUCACGGGUCCACACAGACAAACCUGAGGUGACGGCACCUCCUCCCUCAGUGGAGAAUAGGCGUGCAGAGGAGAGGGCAGCUCAGGGUCCUGAGGUACAGCCCCUGUCCUCUCUACUAGAGUGCAGUGAGAGUAAGAAGAAGCCAGUAGGGGCCGUCAGUCUGUUUGGAGGGAUCAACGUGCUGGGAGACCGACUGGGAGCAGUCAAGCAGACUAAGAGCACAUUGGACAAGACUGAUGGUGAUGACUUCCUGUCUGACGGCCCGCCCCCCAUGGAAAAGGAGUCCAAAAAGAAGAAGAACACCGUCAGUCUGUUUGAUGAUGAGGAGGGUGCUGACUGGACUGUCCCUAUCUCCAUACCUAGCAAACCAGCUGCCAUAAACACACUAAAGCCUGCAGAGGAGCGUCCUCAUACCAAGAGCAGUACCGGGGUGUUCCAGGAUGAGGAACUGCUCUUCAGUCACACUCAGCAGAGAGACAACCACCCUGACGUUGACAUCUUCGCCACGCCUGACAAGUUUGUGAGGUUCAGGCCCAGUAAUGCUAGUAGCUCAGUGAAGUCCAGGCCCAGCUCAGUGAGGUCGGCAGCCCCAACACCUUUGAGUGAUGAGGAUGAAGAUGAUCUCUUCAGCUCUGUCAAUCCCAAAGCUCUUCGGCCGAAAGUAUCGGCGAAGCCCAGUAAACCCGGUAAAGACGAGCCAUCCCCAAAACCUUCUGUCACAGAACCAGUCACAGGGAGUGAGACCAACCUGGUGAUCAACCCUGUUGCCCUCCUAACAGGCCUGAGCCCCAGCUCCUCAGGCCUCAGCCCCAGUCCAGCAUGGACCCAGUCCCCCAGCGAAGGAGGGCUUAGCUUCGACCGCCCUGUCCAGGUGUCUGUGCUACAGUGUGCCAACAAGUGUCGAGCUAAAGGCUCCAUCCGCCGCAGGCCCCAGACCAGGGCAGCACGGCAGAUGUCAGCACAGAGCUCCGUAGACCAGAAAAACCAGGGAGAGGACCCGGCCGGACACAGCCCAACCCUACCUCAUCCAACCCAGCCUAGUUUGGCACUACUUAACCCAAUUGAGCCUAGCCUGGCACUACCUAACUUAACCCUGCCCCGGCCUAGUCUACCCAACCAAGCCCCAACCACUGGCUUACCCUCCUUCUUACCUGCCUCCUUACCCUCCCAACCCCCGCUCACUGAUGUCUCUGUCAGACCAUCAGUUCUAACACUACCAGUGUCCAACACCCCUCUAAAGAGAGACUUUUCUAUGGGAAGCAAGGUGAAGGUGCUGCCCUCUCCCAACGAGGCUGACCUGUUUGGGUCUGUCCCUGCCCUAGCCCCAGUCCCCAAACUCGCCACAAAGACUACGGAGGGUGAGUUGACGCCGAAAGAAGCGACCCCUCCGUCCCUCUUUGACGACCCCAUGGGUGACUUGUUCGAGAAGGUCAAGCCGAGGUCGGCGAAGAAGGCAAAAGCCUCUUCCUUCCUGGAGGAGGAGGAUGAAGAGGUUAUCUUUGUGCUGGGAAAUAGCUCUACUCCCACUACUAAAAUUACUGCUGGGAGCAACCCUACUCCCAAACAGGACCUCUUCCAGGGUGAAGGGGAGACGACCCCCAAAGCUCACAAAGACAAAUCUCUGGAUUCCAGCCUGUUUGACGACAAAGUUGACAUCUUUGCUGAUUUGACGGCCACUUCAAAACCAAAAGAGAAGUUCAAGAAGGCGGAGACUAAAUCCAUAUUUCAUGAUGAUAUGGAUGACGUCUUCUCUCCCAGCACUGUGAAGCCAAUGGCCAAGCAGCCUCCAUCCAAGUUCAGGAAAAGCCCUCCCUCCCAGGACACCAGUGCAGCGGAUGGCUUGGGCAACAUCUUCGACGACCCUCUCGAUGCUCUGGGUGGGAACUGAACCGUGGACUGUUCCUGAUUAACUAAAACUCUGUGUCCUAAAUGGCACCCUAUUCACUAGAUGGUUCAUUACUUUUGACCAGGGCUCAUAGGGUGUGCACUGUGGGGAAUAGGGUGCCAUUUGGGAUGCUGUCACUAACUACAAUUGUGUAGAAAACAUUUUUUUUUUUUUGGAGGACUGAAAAAGGGGUUGGAGAUAUUAACACUGUUCUUAGAGAAACUAUUUCUAUAUCGAGACUUUCUAUAAAAGAAAUCCAUCGAUCAGCAUAACCUCGGAUGGAAAUUUAAACCCAGGAUUAAGAUUUAAACCCAUCUCUGAUUGAUUGAUAACAAGUAACUAUUUGUCUUUAUUUAAUGUCCAUGGUAGCAGGACUUAGCCAUCAUUAGGCCAGCUGCUAAUAAAGAAAUAGUCAAUGAUUUAUACAUGUAGUUGAGUUCUGGGUAUGUGGUUUAACAUUGCCAUUCUGAGAUUACAUGUCACCAUCGGGCUGUGCCAUAUCACCGUUAUGAAAUCAUUGUUUUUGUUUUUCAAUUAAUAUGAAAUUGUUACAUUUAACUUUGCCUGUGAUAAAUGACAAUAGAUUAUUUUUUUAAAGAAUUAAAUUAUAUUUUGCUAAA